AUGUCUAGUUCUUCGCAGGCGGGGUGGAGGGCACAACUGAAGCCCGGAAACCCACCAAAAUCUCUUUUGAUAGUCAACAAACUACGCACGAAGGUCGUUGUCGACGCUAUUGACACGCUCCUCGCUUAUGUUCGGGAAAAGUACCCAACUUUGCGGGUGUUCCACGAAGAUCGUCCUGACAUUCCAGAUGGUGUCGAGGUAUGGCACCCAGGCCCAAAUGCUGAACCUGUCGAUCUCGUCGUUACGCUUGGCGGGGAUGGUACCAUUCUCCACGCGUCUUCACUUUUCAAGGUAGGCGCUGUGCCGCCAGUACUAAGCUUUUCCAUGGGCACACUCGGAUUCUUGCUCCCUUUCCACAUCGACGAUUAUGCAAAGGCACUGGAUAGUGCCUUCGAAGGCCGCGCGACGGUGCUGCACAGAAUGCGGCUAUCAUGUCAGUUCCAUAGUGCGGACGGUAUGCCCAUGGACGCCCACUGCGAAGACUGGCAGGUUAUGAAUGAAAUUGCGCUGCAUCGAGGUUCAAGCCCCCACCUCAACACGAUUGACAUUUUCGUCGACGGGCAGCACUUAACGGAAGCCGUCUCGGAUGGCCUCAUCGUGUCCACACCCACGGGCUCGACAGCAUAUUCGCUGUCGGCGGGCGGGCCGAUCGUUCACCCGUCGCUGAGUGCGCUCGUCCUCACCCCCAUAUGCCCACGGAGCCUGUCAUUCCGGCCCCUGGUCUUUCCGUCCUCCUCAACGAUAACACUGCGGGUGAGCGAGCGCAGCCGUGCAUCGGCCGGGCUGUCUAUGGAUGGGCAGGUGUCGCAUGUGCUCGGCCCCGGGGAGGCCGUGACAGUGCAGGCGUCUUUGUACCCCAUCCCAUGCAUUAACCGGUCGUCGAUCGCGGAGCCGGAGGACCGCACUGGCGAGGGCGCGGGCCCGGGGAAGGAAGACGACUGGGUGCGCGACAUAAACAACUUGCUGCAGUACAAUGCGACGUUCCGAAGUAAGGCGCUGCUGAGGCAUAGCAGGACGUGA